CCUUGAUUUACUUCUUGUUUUUUUAUUGGUGCUGGAUGGUUCCUUUCUAUUAUUAUCAAUGUAGAAUAUCUCUUUUUUGAUUCUCUCUCUUAUCAUUGGUGUUGGUAGUUAGAAUACUGCAGUAUCUAUUCAUGAAAUAUAAUAUACAAAAAAAUCUCUCACUUUUCUUCUUGAAUCUAAUAACUUAUCUAUUUAAAAUGUCAAACAACAUCCUUUCAACUGGUACCAGCGGUCUUUACUUACCUCCAAGAAUAGACAAGAGAUCCCCUGAAGAGCGUGAAAGGGAUAAUAUUGCUUUUGCCGCGAGUGCUGCAAGAUACAAAGAACAACGGGAGAGAUUGGUGGUGAAAAUGCACCAAGACGACUUUGAACCUGGAGAACUUAAAUGCCGUGAUUGUCCAUGCAGCUUCAGUAGCAGAAGUAACUUGUUUAAGCAUAUGACUAAACAACACCGGACUAAAGUAGUGACCAUUAAAGGCCGUAGUUACAAAGUUGGACGUUGUGGCGCCAACACAAGAUACUACGAGAAGAAGAAGGCUGACAAGGCUUUGUUAACUCAAGAAUCAAAGAUGAUGGCUGAAGCAGUCGUAACCACGCGUGCUAAAAUACUAAGAACACUUUUUGUUGAUUUUGACGAGGAGCUUGCGAAGUUACCAGGUGGCAAACCUCAAAUGAUCAGGGAUGCUCGCAAGUAUCAUAUGAGCAAUUAUUAUGAUGAUAUGGCAGAACUGUACAGCUUUGUCAGAAGCGACGCAAAACUUCCUGACACUUAUUACAGUCGCCACGCAAUCCUUACAAUUGUUUUGGACUUUCUUCACCUCGUUUUUCCUUCGAACAUCAAGAAGAAUUAUAAACAUGAUCAAGUCAUGACAAUGCUUCUCGGCCAUGAUAAGGAUGAUUUACCCGAGGACAUGGUCUUAGGUGAAGUAGACGACAGUUUUGAGGAUAAAAUAAGAGCUUUCUUAUUUCAAAAGAAAAACAAGAGAGGAACAGCAUGUAGAUUUUUAAUGACCAAAGCAACCAUAGAGCUUCUGCACCGGUGUUUUGAGGCCAAUGACUACGUAUAUUCAAGCGUUAGAUCAAACGCCCUCUUUUUCUAAGUCUUUUGGAUGAGCCUUUGGUUCCAAAGUAAACUUAAAUGUCCAAUAAAAACUAUACAUAUGCUAUUU